GAGGAAACUGCGAGAGGCCUGCACGAGAAGAGCAACCUAAACAUCUCAAGGAGUGGCUCUACCAGCCUUCUCAGGACUCAAAUUAAAGCACCGAGUCCCACACGGCGCCAACACCGUCUGAGACGCAAAGACUAGAGUCCCGACAUAUUUUUACCUCCGGUGUUGUGUUCAUUGCCUCUCGUUUUCGCAGUCGUUUCAUGCGGUUUAUGUCCGUGGAUCCGUACAGCGGCAGCCACAGUCUCCUCCAAACAGCUCGCGCUAGAUCAACAAUAAUAACAGGUGUCCGGCAGCCCGAACCUGGCCUGGGCGUGCACGGGACAGCGAUGCGGGCUUUCGGUGCUUCCAGGAGGUGAAAUACAGGCCCUCGAGGAAGCAUGAACGAGCAGAACCGGAUUCAUCUUAUAUUAUAACGGCAUAAAAGAUCAGAGCCCAGGCAUGGCGUCAGAGGAGGGCUCCUUACGGGCCCUCGAGAGUAUUAUGACAGAGUUUUUUCACUCCUGCACCACCAAUGACCGUAAGAGAGAGAUCGAAGAGCUGUUGAAUAGUUUUGCGGGACAGCCUGGCUCGUGGAGGCACUGUCUGUACUUCCUGUCCAACAGCAGAAAUGAAUACGUCAUGAUGUACAGUCUUACUGUGUUUGAGAAUCUCGUCAAUAAGAUGUGGGUCGGUGUGGCCAGUGAAGAUAAAGCAGAACUCCGCAGCUGUUUGCCGAAGCUUCUGCUGUCACAGCAUUCACUGCUGCCUUUCUUCAUCAGAAAUAAACUCUGCAAAGUCAUCGUGGACAUCGGAAGACAAGACUGGCCAAUGUUCUACCACGACUUCUUCAGCAACACCUUACAGUUGGUGCAGUCACCAUCUCUAGCUCCACUGGGUUUAGUUCUGCUCAAGAUGACAUCAGAAGAGCUGGUGUGUCCGAGGGAAGACUUGAGUGUCGCUCGCAAAGAGGAGCUUAAAAAACUCCUGCUGGAUCAAAUCCCCACCGUUCUCAACCUUCUGACUCGUAUUCUAGAGACGGUAUGGGACAAACACAGUGUUACAGUCACCACCCCCCCUCCAUCACCCACAUCUAGAGAGACAGGUGUUUUGGUGGGCGACAGCGCACCAAUGAUCCUGGACGCUGAAAGUGCCGCUCUAUGUCUGCUGGCGCUGGAAUGUCUGACGCAUCUCUUCAGCUGGAUUCCUCUUUCGUCUUCUAUCACUCCAUCACUCCUCGAGUCUAUCUUUCAUUUCGCUCGCUUUGGAUGCCAGCAGCCAAUCAAAACCAAGCCUCUUUCCACUUUAAAUGGAGACUCCGCCCCUGGAAAUCUCCCAGCCAAUGGUGGGGGAUAUGGCAGGACUGGUCAGAUGGUGGGCCACACCGAACGGGCCAGACUUGGUGUCAUGGCGAUGAACUGUAUUAACGAGCUGAUGUGCAAAAACUGUGUCCCUGUAGACUUUGAGGAGUUUUUGCUCCGCAUGUUCCAACAAACGUUCUAUCUGCUGCAAAGACUCACAAAUACACACUCGCACACCAACACGCAUACUAUCAAAAGCAGACUACAGGAAUUAGAUGAAAGCUAUGUGGAAAAGUUCACAGAUUUUCUCCGGCUGUUUGUUAGCGUUCAUCUGCGGAGGAUUGAAUCUAACGCACAGUUUCCCCUAGUGGAAUUUCUAGCUUUGCUCUUCAAAUACACCUUUAACCAGCCGAGUCAUGAGGGCUAUCUGGUCUGUCUUGAUAUCUGGAGUAUAUUCUUGGACUAUCUGACCACCAAGAUCAGAAGCCGUUUGGCUGACAGAGAUAGCGUCAUUAACAGGUAUAAAGAUGCUCUAGUUCUGCUUCUGCGGGAAGUUCUUAACCGGAUUCAGUUCAGGAUAAACCAGAGUCAACUAGAAGAACUUGACGACGAGACGCUUGAUGAUGAUCGACAGACGGAAUGGCAACGGUAUCUGCGUCAGAGUUUGGAAGUGGCUGCCAAGGUGAUGGAGCUGCUGCCAUCUCAGACCUUCUCUGUUCUGUUUCCAGUUCUCCAGGAAGAUCUAGACAUUUAUCUUGGACUUCAACAGUUCAUUGUGAGAUCCGGAACAAGUCGCAGGCUGAACAUCACGGCAGAAGCUGACUGCAGAAAGCUGCACUGCGCUCUCAGAGACUUGAGCUCUCUGCUGCAGGCCGUCGGGCGACUGGCCGAGUUUUUCACAGGGGACGUUUUCACGACUCGCUUUAACGACGCUCUCGCCAUCGUGCAGAGGCUGGUGGAAGUGUCAUGUUACGGAUCUCAGAUCAGCUUCUACAAUGUAGAAAUGGCUGUUCCCUCUGUGCUCAAACCGGACCUUAUAGACGUCCAUGCGCAGUCACUGGCCGCUCUGCAGGCGUAUUCUCAUUGGCUGGCACAGUUCUGCGGGGAGGUGCAGCGGCAACAAGAUCAAACGCAAUUUAUGGAUCUCAUCACGUCGAGCAUGGCCGCCACGACCCCUCUCAUCAAUGCCAAGGUUCCAGAGAAGUUGCUGUUAUCUGCGUGCCAUCUCCUGGUCUCCAUGGCAACCACCGUACGGCCCGUGUUUCUGGUGUCAUUGCCAGCGGUGCAGAAUAUCUUCAACCUGAUCACAGAGAAUCAUAACCACAGAUUACCUCAAGAGGCUCACAUCCUUGUGUGUCGGGCUCUGUCCAACAUGUUUCUGUUGCCGUGGCCGAGCCUACCAGAAGCAGAUCAACAGUGGCCGAGCCGCUCGACCAAUCAUGCACGACUUCUCAGCAGUCUUACGCAGCAGUACCGCCUCCUGCCCCGCCCACUCAACCAUCACCCCACCAGUAAAGCAGUGAUCCAGCAGACUCUGUGUGUAUUGAAGGAUCUGGUGGACAGUAUAUCAGGAGAAGCUACCAAAUCCCGUCAGAUCUGUUACCACAGUCUGCAGGAGUCAGUACAGGUCACGCUCUCCCUGUUUCCCCAAUUCAUCCAACAGCCAGAUGUGACGGAUGAGAUGCUGAGUUUCUUUCUUACGCUGUUUCAAGCGUUACGUGUGCAGAUGGGCGUGGCCUUCACAGAGCAGAUCAUCCAGACCUUUCUCGGCAUGUUCACCAGGGAGCAGCUGGCGGUGAGCAUCUUACAGGAGGGCAGCUCGGGUUCCAAAGUGGUCCAGAAAUUUCUCAAGAUUCUUCAGGUUGUAGUGCAGGAACCUGGUCAGACCUUCAAGCCUCUGUUACCCAGCAUCCUCAGUCUGUGUUUGGAUCAGGUUUACCCAAUAUUGGCAGAGCGCUCCUGUCCAGAUGUGAAAGCUGAGAUGUUUGAGCUGCUCUUUCAGAUUCUUCAUCAGAACUGGAGGUUCUUCUUUAAGAGUUCUGUGCUGAGCAGUGUGCAGAGAACCAGGGGUGAAGAACCCAUGGAGAACCAAGAGCAGUUUACUACUGCCAUGCAGGCAUUCGGUCAGUCUUUCUUGCAACCAGAUAUUCACAUCUUCAAACAGAACUUGAGUUAUCUGGAGGUCCUGAACACAAAACACAAGCUGUACCACAGGAAGCUGUUUCGGAAUUCAAUGCUCUUCCACUUCUUAAACGUUCUGCUGCAAGUCCUCCUGCACAAGGGUCACGACCUCCUACAGGAGGACAUCGCACUGGCCCUCUACAACAUGGCAGCGGUGGAUUUCACAGCAUUCUACUCUUCCUUCUUGCCAGAGUUCCUAAAUGGUUGCCAAGGCCUCGACCCACACCAACGCACAAUGCUUGCCCGAAACUUCACGCCAGAGAGGGACCUGCCAUCAUUUUCUCAGGGAGUGUAUCGUCUGGUGAACGAUCUGCGCUUCUACAGACUGUGCAACGGAAGCCUUCCACCAGGAACGCUGAAAUUAUAGCAGCAGAUGACACAUGCCACAUAGCCAAACCAAGGCCCCAUCCUUCCAAGGACGCAGAUCACUGCUUUAGUGGUCACGUAUUGCCUUUUCGCCAGAGGCCAGCCUGUGAUCUCACCGGAGGCGUGUUCGUUCGUCUGCUUAUUUUGUGUUUAUUUCAGCUAGAUUUUACACAUUGCCAAUGAUCAAGAGGCCAAAGUGGAUGUUCUACGUCUGCCGUCGAGACUGGAGCACUCUUAAAAGUUGUCCAAAAUCGGCUGAUGCGAUUUAAAAGCACUGCUGUUCGGGACCCACGGUUUUGUUUAUGCAAACCUCUAUUGAUUGGGAUUGAAUUGGAGCGGUGCUUUCUGAAUUGCUUGUUGUUUUAAAAGAACUGGUAACUGAAAGCACACUUAUUUUGUUGAAAUGAACAGAUGGUUUCUGAAAUGCAGUGCUUGGAGUGAGCGAAUGGAUCUCAAAAUGGUUUAAAGUGAAUUUUGCCUACUGGCUGAUUUUGAGUGAAGCAUUUCUGGAGCUGAGUGGUUUUAAAGUGAACAGGUGCAAUGCAGAGCAAUUUAUUUUUUCUCUUAAUCGUCUGGUUUUAUUUCUUAAUCCUCAUUUCCAUUGCAGAUGGAGUCUCACGUGUUUUUCAUAUCAUUCCAUCCUGAACAAGGAGAAACAAACCUUCAAUAAAGUUUUAUAAUGA